AUCAUUUCAAUGUUUGACUUAUUCUCACACCUUAUUUCUCUCUCUCUCUCUCUCUCUCUCUCCCAUCUCUUUUAGACAGUGUAAGUGUGUAAUACAAGCAAGUACUUCUCUCACAUAUUCUCUCCUUUUUCACCCAACUCCUUUUUAUUGGUCUUCUUCCCAACAUCAUCUCAAAAUAUCACACUCUCUAAAAAAAACCCUUGAUUUCUUUUUAAGCUAAUGGGGAAGCUCCAGAAGAUUGGGAGAGUAUGGGAUUGUCUUUUCCUUCCGACAAAUCAGUGUUCAUGUUUUUGUCUAAACACUCUAGGAGACGAUGAAGAAGAAGAGUUUGAGAAGAAGCCAUUGAUAGAUUCUUCAACAGAGAAAUCUGGGAAGGUCAUGAGAUUAAAAGAUGUUGUAGCUGCUGAUCAUCGUCAGACUCUUGCCUUUCAUCUUAAGCCUAAGAUAGUGGAGCUAAAGGUGUCAAUGCAUUGCUACGGAUGUGCUAAGAAAGUCGAGAAGCAUAUUUCUAAAUUAGACGGAGUGACAUGGUACAAAGUGGAGCUUGAGAGCAAGAAGGUGGUGGUGAAGGGGAACAUACUGCCAGUAGAUGUGUUAGAGAGUAUUUGUAAAGUCAAGAAUGCUCAGCUUUGGCCUUCUUCUUAAAAUCAUCACUGUAUCUCUAGUCUUCUCUUCUUCUAUUCACAUGGGGCCUUUCAUGUCAAUCUCCAUCUUCAUGUUAUAUUAUUAUCAUUAUCUAGUUAUGUGCGUACAUACACAUGCAUGCAUCUAUCUCCUCUAAUCUCUAUCCCUCUUUUUUUUUGGAUCCAUUCUAGUUGUAAUGUUGAAUCUAUCUCUCAUUAAUCAUAUUUAUAUAAAUUAAUGAGGAUGAUGUUUCGUUUU